AUGUCCGCGUUUGAAAGCGAUUUAAACAUUGGAAGCUCAUCAGUUCAAAGUAAUCAAUCGCAAGGAUUUAGUUUACAAAUGUUUGGAAAGCCAUCCAUAGUUAUUGCACAUUUAGCUUUCCGAAGUGCAGCUCUUUUUUUCUACUUUUUCGCCAACUUUUUCACAAAUUCUUUUAUCGUUCAAUUUCUUAUAAUUUUAACCCUUUUAUCGAUGGAUUUUUGGACAGUAAAGAAUAUAACUGGAAGACUACUCGUAGGACUCAGAUGGUGGAACUUCGUAGACUCAGAUGGAAAUAAUCAUUGGAAAUUUGAAAGUGCUAAAGAUUCUUCUCGCUUUCCUGCAAUGGAUCGACGCGUAUUCUGGUUGGGACUUGUUGCAGGGCCGUUGGCGUGGGGUUUCUUUGUUAUUACAGCAUUUUUAACAUUAAAGUUCGAAUGGAUGAUUGUUGCACUCCUCGGAGCUAUGAUGAGUCUUGCCAACCUCUAUGGCUACUUGAGAUGUCGAUGGAGCAAUACCGAACAGAUGACAAAUUACUUUUCAAAAUGGGCUUUUUUGAAUGUUCUCCGACGCUCUCAACCAACAACCCCGCAACCGUUCCAACAGACAGUAUAA